GCUCGCUGCCGGGCAUGCGGCGGCCUGGCGCGGCGGCGGCGGGCGCGGCGCGGGCGGUCGCGCGCUCGGCGGCCAGCGCGGCGACGGCGGCGUGGCGCGGGCUCUGGGGGCUGCCCACGUGGACGCACCCGGGCGCGCCCGUGCUCGCCACAUACGCCAGCGCGCUGGGCCCCGUGCAGGCGCCCGCGGUCGUGCAUGCCGAGGCCGGCAGCGUCUCGACAGCCAACACGUUCACCACGGGCAACGCGCAGGCCGUCGGCGGGCCGACGCAGUACGAGUUUCCCGGCGCGUCCCUUGCGUGGUACGCCAUUGGCUGCUACCACCUGGUGUGCGCCAUGGAUGCGCAGGGCGUGGACGCCGAGCGCGCGCUGGCGGAGGCGCGCCGCUGGCUGGCCAAAGCCACGAUGGCUGCGCCGCGGAGCAUUGUUGCGUGGGUGGCCUUUGCUCAGACGUUUGCUGUGGCCGGCGAGUGGGAGGCUGCUGCGCGCGCACUGCACACUGCCGCGGGGCUGUGCGGCUGCGACGACGUGGCCAAUGCCGCCGGCCCCAGCGGCCGCCUGGCGCACGUGCCGCUGGCCAUCCUCGGCCGCGUCUACCUGCGCAUGGGCGACCUCGGCGUGGCCGAGUCCUGCCUGGACGCCAGCGCGCGGGGCCUCGGCGCCUACGGCAUUGCGCAGUGGGCGGCGGCGUGGGGCCCGGCGGUGGGCGAGCUGGAGAACGCGGAGCUUCUGCAGUGGUGUCGCCGCGGGGAUGGCGCAGCGCGGGAGGCCUCCUGCACCGACGGUCCGGCCGCUGCGCGGGAGGCCUCCUGCACCGACGGUCCGGCCGCUGCGCGGGAGGCCCCCUGCACCGACGGCCCGGCCGCCGCUCUUGUGCGCCAGGCUGCGCUGGCUGACCCGCAGCUGCUGGCCGACGUCGGCGUGCUGCACUAUGACCGCGGGGAUAUGCCCGGCGCGCGGCUGUUUUCCGCCCUGGCAUUGAGGUCCCUUGCAGCCAACUCCGCCAUGCAGCAUGCGCUGCACGUGGGGUUUGAGCCCCUGUCCCCCGCAGUGGUGCCAUCUAAGCGGCCCAGUGCUCGGGAGGAUCGCGUGCUGCUUGCGCUGUUUGAGGCGAAUCUCGGCAUGGCGCUGCGUCGCAUCGGCGAUUGCCCUGCGGCAUUGCUCUGCCUGAGAGCGUCCCGCGUGCACGCGCCCUCGAGCGAAACCGCCCUGGCCGUGGCGUUUACCCUGCACAUGCAAGCCAUUGCUGCUCCCGCCAAUGGUGCUGGGGGACUGGACGAGGCUAUUGAUAUUUACCAUGCGGUUUUGUCUGAACAUCCGGGGCACCCGAUUGCGACGGAUCUGCUGACUCUUGCGCUUGAAUUGUCGGCCAAUUUGCCGGAUGCUGGCCGGUUACCUGGUGGCUUGUUUGAGGCUUGCUUGGACGCGGGGCUGGAGAUCGAGCUGGAGGCUGGUGAUCCCAGUGGCUUUUUGCCGACACAUGGUGGCGGUUUGCUUGAUGUUAUACCAUCGGUGGUGGGCGGGGGUAUGUUUGAGACUAGCCCUGGUUCUUUGGCUUUUGCGUCGGCUGUCAGUGGCGAUGACAACGAGAAUGGGAAUGCACAUGCACAUGCACAUGCACAUGACGAUGACGACGAUGACGAUGAGGAUAGUGACCAGGUUAUGGAUAUACAGGAGGACAGCGAUAGUGACAGCGACAUGGCAAUGGACUAAAACAUAUCGCGGUAUACCAUUUGUAAAUAAUAGUUUCUGCGCCCCCCCCUCCCCCUAUUCACUUUAAUGCUUGGUGAACAACCCGGUCGAAGGUGUUAACUCUAAACAUUAAUGUAAUAUAUACUCUAUCAAAUGAACAGCUCUAUUUACGCUACAUAUUCCAUAAUUAAAACAAUUAUGUUUAAAAGGAAUUGAUGGUAACAUAGGUGCUUGUUAGGUGUAUGUGUAUAUGUUGGCUAUCCAUCGUAAUUUAACUAGAAGGAGCCACGUGUCAAAUAAAU